AUGCAUGUAAACCGACCCUUGAAUGUUACCCUAUUCCAGCAUAUCUUCUUGGCGUCAGUUCAGCAAAAAUCAAUAUUGGAAAAACGCUUCCGACCAGCCACGAACUCGACGAAGCAGAUUGAGGGUUGGAUCAACAGCUGUAACGCGUGGGGUGAACGUACAGCAAUGAAGUCAAAUGGCAAAAGAUUGGAAGGCCGAUGGCUGUGGGUGUUUCUGGACAAACAUUUGGGAAUCAACGUUACCGAGGACCUGGUCAAAUACGAGCAACACUGUCGUCACCAUCCGAUGACAACAAUUGGAUAUGCAAGAAAAUCUAAAGGCAAAGAACGUAUUAACACUAGAUGCAACCUUCUGAGCGAAAUGAUCCAUCGUCUGCGCACGAGGAGCUUAUGCACCAAAGUGUACAUAUCAUCAUGUUGCGAUGCAAAGGAAACUAUAAACAUCACUUGGCAUUGGUCAAGAACUGUGAUGGGGAUAUGA